UGCCGGUGUGCUGUUGUGUCCGCUAAAAUAAACAGAGCGCGCCGGGCCAUGGUCGCCCAUUGCUUGCUGUGUAAAUGUACAGCAGUGCAAAGUAUUUCAAGCAAGAGAACAACGAAAGCUUUUACCCCGCGGUGUGAGCUGACAUACUGGUAGGCUGAGGAGGACGUGCAUCCCACCCUACCACACCUCUUCAAGCAGACUCCUCGACUUUUCUUUUUUGGAUGCUAUUUGAAACUUGAAUUUAUUCUUCAGUCUUUUUUUUUUUUAAACGGAAUGGAUUUUGAGAACACAUAACCUGGAGAGCUUGUAGUAAAAGUGUGUUGAAAAGGCUGCUGGUGGAGUUUGUCAGCGUUUGAGGACGUCGAAAUAGGCGUUUCUGGAAGGGAAAUCAACUAGAAAGCUGAAAUGGAUCAAGCCAGCGGUGGGGAUGAUCCAAAUAAGCCCUCUAAAAAGAAAUCCAACGAGGAUGAGGGUAAAAACAAAAAGCUGAACAUACACAUAAAAACAUUGGCUGAUGAUAUGCGUGAUCGAAUUACCAGUUUUAGGAAAACUGGGAUGAAGAAGGAGAAGCCCCUCAUCCAACACCCAACAGAUCCCCUGUCUACCCAAGCUGAACUGCCUGUUCCUCAGCCCCUUUUUGACGAGCGCUCCAUGAACCUCUCAGAAAAAGAAAUCAUUGACCUCUUUGAGAAGAUGAUGGAGGACAUGAACCUGAAUGAGGAUCGUAAAGCACCUCUGCGAGAAAAGGACUUGAGCACCAAACGUGAGAUGGUGGUCCAGUACAUCUCAGCCACGGCCAAAUCUAUAACGGGGAGCAAAGUUCCGGGUGGACUGAGGAACAGUAAGCAUGAGUGUACCCUUUCAUCCCAAGAAUAUGUCCAUGAACUGCGUUCUGGCAUCACAGAAGAAAAGCUGCUGAAUUGCCUGGAAUCCCUCCGAGUGUCUCUCACUAGUAACCCUGUCAGUUGGGUUAAUAACUUUGGCCAUGAGGGUCUUGGUCUUCUUCUGGAUGCACUGGAGAAGCUGCUGGACAAGAAACAGCAAGAGCCCAUUGAUAAACGGAACCAGCAUAAACUUAUCCAGUGUUUGAAGGCUUUCAUGAACAAUAAGUAUGGCCUGCAAAGGAUCUUGGGAGACGAGCGCAGCUUGUUGCUGCUGGCUCGAGCGAUUGACCCCAAACAGACGAAUAUGAUGACAGAGACUGUCAAAAUUCUCUCUGCUUUCUGCAUCGUUGGAGAGGAAAACAUCUUGGAUAAGAUUCUGGCUGCUAUGACAAUUGCUGCAGAAAGGAACAAUAAAGAGAGAUUUGCUCCAAUUGUAGAAGGACUGGAGAACCACGAGGCCCAGCAGCUCCAGGUUGCCUGCAUGCAGCUGAUCAAUGCCCUGGUCACCUCCCCUGAUGAUCUGGACUUUAGGAUACAUCUGCGCAAUGAGUUUUUAAGAUGUGGUCUCAAGAAGAUCCUUCCUGAGCUAAAAGAGACAGAGGAGCUAGACAUCCAGCUGAGGGUGUUCAAUGAGAACAAGGAGGAGGACUCGAUCGAACUCUCACAUCGCCUUGAUGACAUCCGCGCGGAGAUGGAUGAUAUGAAUGAGGUAUACCAUCUUCUGUCCAAUAUGGUGAAAGACACUGCCUCAGAGACCUACUUCCUGUCAAUUCUUCAGCACCUAUUGCUCAUCAGGAAUGACUAUUACAUCAGGCCUCAGUACUACAAGGUGAUAGAAGAAUGUGUGUCUCAGGUGGUUCUCCACCGCAAUGGGAUGGACCCAGACUUUGGCUGCAGUAAAAGGUUGGAUGUGGACUUCACCCACCUGAUUGAUCAGUGUGUGGAUAAAGCCAAAGUUGAAGAGAGUGAGCAGAAGGCAGCAGAGUUCUCCAAAAAGUUUGAUGAGGAGUUCAGUGCACGGCAGGAGGCCCAAGCUGAGUCUCAAAAGAAGGAAGAGAAAAUCAAAGAGUUGGAAGAGAAGAUCCAAGCCCUGCAGUCCCAGAUUGCUGCAGGCCCUACUGCAACUGGAGCACUACCAGGAGCUGCAGGAGCUCCUCCACCACCUCCACCUCCUCCUCCCCCACCUGGUGGUGGUCCUCCCCCUCCUCCCCCUCCACCACCUCUUCCUGGCCAUGCUUGCAUUACACUACCACCUCCACCUCCACCUCCACCACCAGGUGGUGGACCUCCGCCUCCCCCGCCACCCCCUGGUUGUGGGCCUCCACCUCCUCCACCCCCUUUUGGGGGCCCACCAGGACCUCCACCACCUCCUGGAUUGCCUGUUGUCAAGCUGCCUUAUGGACUGGAGCCCAAGAAGGUCUACAAGCCUGAAACUGUGAUGAAGAGGGUCAACUGGACCAAGAUAGUGCCUCAGGAAAUGGCAGAGAAUUGCUUCUGGAUCAAAGUCAAAGAAGAGAAGUUUGAGAAUCCUGACCUAUUUGCUCAGCUUUCCCUCUGCUUCUCCUCACAGAGUAAAGUGAGAAAAGACGUGAAGGAUGAGAAUGAAGACAGAGUGCCACAAUUCAAGAAAAAGGCAAAAGAGCUUCGUAUCUUGGAUGCCAAGACAGCACAGAAUCUUUCAAUUUUCUUGGGCUCGUUCCGCCUGCCUUAUGAAGAGAUCCGGGACAUUGUGCUGGAGGUAGACGAGGAGAGACUGAGUGAAUCACUCAUCCAGAACCUGAUAAAGAACCUGCCAGAGCAGAAAGAGUUGAAUGCGCUAGCGGAACUAAAGGGUGAAUAUGAGGAGCUUGUGGAGUCAGAGCAGUUUGGCAUUGUGAUGAGUUCAGUAAAACUCCUACGACCACGUCUCAAUGGCAUUCAGUUCAAGCUGACGUUCGAGGAGCAGGUGAAUAACAUCCGGCCAGACAUCAUGAAUGUGACGUUCGCCUGUGAAGAGGUGAAGAAGAGUGAAGGUUUUUUCAAACUCUUGGAGUUGGUAUUGCUGGUUGGCAAUUACAUGAAUGCUGGCUCAAGAAAUGCCCAAACUUUUGGUUUCAACAUCAGCUUCCUUUGCAAGCUUCGAGACACAAAAUCUGUCAGUCAAAAUACAACACUUCUGCAUUUCCUGGCUGAAAAGUGUGAAGAGAACCACGUCGAAAUUUUGAGGUUUCCAGAUGAGCUAGAGCAUGUGGAGAGUGCUAGCAAAGUGUCCGCUGAGAUCUUAAAGAGCAGUCUGACCAACAUGGAACGGCAAAUUCAGAGGCUUGAGAAUGACAUCGAAAAAUUCCCCAAAACAAAUGAUGGACAAGAUAAGUUUGUGGAAAAGAUGUCCGGCUUCAGCAAGCACGCCAGGGAGCAGUAUGAAAAACUGUCCACCAUGCACAAGAACAUGCAGAAACUGUAUGAGAAUAUAGGCAGUUAUUUUUCCUUUGACCCCCACUCGGUCAGUGUGGAAGAAUUCUUCGGAGAACUGGCCAACUUCCGCAUGCUCUUCUUGGAUGCGUUGAAGGAGAACCACAAGAAGAAGGAGAUGGAGGAGAAGAUCAAGAGAGCCAAGCUGGCGAAGGAGAAAGCAGAGCGGGAGAAGCAGGAACGCCAGCAGAAGAAGAAGCAGCUGAUUGACAUGAACAAAGAGGGAGAUGAAACCGGUGUGAUGGAUUGCCUAAUGGAGGCUCUGCAGUCCGGGGCUGCCUUCCGUGAUCGGCGAAAACGUACACCACGCAACGGUGAUCAAAGCCCCACCAGUCCAGCCCCUCGGUGGCCGGGUGCUAAUUAUGGUAACAGAACGCUAGACAACCGUCGUGCAGUCCUGGAAAGGUCUCGCUCACGACACAACACAAAUCACCAAGGUCGAUGAUCACCCGCGCCUACCACAAGACGCUAGAUAAGUGCCAAAGAGGGCUGCAAGGAGGAGAUCUGGAAGACAGCUGAAGAAGGGACAGACCACCCCUUACUGCGGCACACACACAAACUCAAAGGAAUAACACAUACACACAGCACCAAGUACAGAACAAAAAAGCCUAAAGAAGCCACACAGAACUGAAAAAUCUGGCAUUUAAUUUUCAUCCAGUUCAUCAGCCGCCUUACAUAUUUAUUCAAUAAUUGCUCAUCACUUUAAAUGUUUGUGUCCACUCGAACUGCUUUGAUAUUAAAAAUGAUACAUUUUAAGGUUACUGCAGACAAAUGAAAUGUUUUCAUUCUUUGAAAAUCCAUUUUUAUUGCAAGUCUAAGCCUGCUACUUUAAUCCUUCUGUAAUCAAAAUACUUCGCACUCAGUUUUGAUGUGAAACAUGUACUGAGCACUGCAGUGUACUGAAGAAAGAAAUAAUGCCAAGAAAGACUGCAGAGUAGUUCAUUCUCAUGAACAUACCACACAUCCUUUAUUUUGCAAACAAGCAGCGGGGCAGCUGCCCUCUAAAUGGAAAACAGGGAUUUAACACCCGCGUUGGCAAGCCUUCAACCUGCUGAUGUUUUCUUGAACAGCUCACUAAGUUUUUUUUUUUUUUUUUGUUAUCAAAGAGAGAGUAGUUGUUUAAAUUUCCUUCUGCUAGUACCUCCUUCAGCCAACAUCGAGACAGUUUUCACUGUUAAAUUUUAGGAGUCGUCUCUGAAAAUCAGUUCAUUGCAUAUACCACAAAGCCACGAGAGCCAGCCCCUGUCUCUACCAAUAUUUCAGAGCAUGUGACUCAUGGAUUUUGAAACUGUAAUCUCCAUUUUGACAAGAUGCGUUUUAUUUUUAGUUGUCUAAUAUCUAACAUUGCCUUUAGGUGCUGAUCUGUCCCAAGGUCGCUUUUGCUUUUAACAUGAGAGACUGACACGUUUUUAAAUGCAUCUUACUGCCAGGAGGAACUGACAAGAACUUUUUGACCUUUCCUGUGAUCACACAGGUUUUCACCACAAUAUUACUAUUAUUUUUUUUUUGUUAUUAAUCUAUUUCCUUCUGUUUAUUGCUCCCUUAAGUUAAAAAAGAAAGAAAAAAGCCAUGGCAAAUUUUUGAACAGGGUUAAAAAUGACCACUGUUUAUGUAAGCAGCCUCUUGAGGUUGUUAGAGAAAGGCAGUGGUGUUGUCAUCAGCGCCUGAAGUAGGGCCUGUCACUAUGGUAACAAAAAUAAUAAUUUGAGGCGAUACUUGUUCCAGAUGGAAGAAGUUUGUGUUUUAACAUGUGGAUAACUUUGUGAAAGUGUCUGUUUCAUUCCAAAUUUCUCUCAAUCUAAUUAAAAAAACUUGAUAUUAAAAAGUACAAUGUACACAGUAAACCAAAAUCUCAGAUCUCAUUAACCAGAGACGGGAUUUUAUUUAAAAAAAAAAAGAAAAGAAAAAGUGAAAGCCUUUCUAUGUUAAAAACAUUCAAAUUCUACUGAGAGGACGUAUGGGGCCAAAACUACAGGGUUUUAAGAACACAAAGAGGUGGGGUUUGUAAUUCUUCUACCUGGAGAAACUUCCUCUAAACAAUCACCUGCUACUUGGUGUUUGUGUACACGAUAGAAACUUUGCUGCAAGCUUGUUUCUCUGCAUGGGCCCACUGUCACACAGUUUCACGUGAACUAUUUAUUCAUGUAUUCGUGCCUAGGGCGACGCUGUUCCCUUACUUCCCUCAACUGUAAGCAGAUGCUGCUAAAAACAACCACCGAAUCCACGUGGAGACUGGGCACAAGCGGGAUUAUCUACUGAGGGGCACAGUAGACAAGAUGAUCCUUGUCUUAGCAAGUGAGUCUCCAGACGCCCUCCAAUUCCCCAGCACUAAAGGCAUAAGCAACCAUUUUACCUUAAGACAGGUUACCAUGCUAAUAACAGAACUCAGCUCUAGGCUUCGUGUGUCGAUGUGUUUCUGUUUGGGGCAAGUGUCUGUGUGCGCCAUGCCAGCUCAGUAAUCGGAACAGGAACUCAGGCAAAAUAGGAUUCCAUGUGCUUGACUCCUGGGCUGAAUAGAUGGAGAUUUUUUUUUCAUUUAAACAAUCUGCCGGUGCAGCUUAUGAUGUGUCUGUUUCAUGAUGCCUCCUCUCCCAGCCUGCGUAUUUCUAAAAAUGCAAUUUUACACAUCAUCUCGGCUCAAGGUGCAGCCACAAUACUCUGAGAAGUCUGCAUAUUUAAGAAGACAAUAAUUCUCUUCUGAAUAUAAGGUUUGAGCAGUCAUACAGAGAAAGCAUAGAGAAUGAGGUUUCUGCAUUCAUAGGAGGGUUUUUUUUUUUUUUUGGUAAAGUUUUAUUUUGCUGUUUUCACCGUCUUAAGGCAUUGUAAAUCUACACAGGUUUUUAGGUUUUUAUCUUCCAUGUUAAGCACAUUGAGUUUAUGUAUAAUGAAAUAUGCUAUAUAAAUAAAAUUGCCAUUGCCAUUAUAAUGAUGUGUUGCACACAGCCAAGAAUGCAGUGAUUUUGACUUUCUGAUAGCUACUUGCCCUCUGCACAGUUUCAAGUGAUUAAUAAUGGCCAUUGUUAUAUCAAUCCUCCAUUAACACCAUUAUCUACAGUGCAUUUCUCCCUUAUGAUUGGAUACUGCAGAUGCUAAAACAACCAGUGGUUUGAGGUUAGCAGCUACAGUGUCUUAAAAGAGUUGACUGAAAUAUUUUUGUUCAUUUUAAACAGCUUUCUUCCACAUUUGGCAGGUGUUUGUUUUGCUCUUUCUUUUUUUUUUUUUCCUCAAAUGAUGAAAAAGGUUGUACAUACGAAAACGCUCUAAAAAAAUGUAAUUGUUAUUUAAACAUUGAUCCAAUUAAGUCAUUCAGAGUAGGACAUUUGAUGUUAUUAUGAUAGUUGAGUGUUAUUUCAUGUUAUCCCUCAGCCUAAAAAGGCUAAUGGGGUAUUGUCACCCCGCCAGGUGGGCAGGCAGGCUGACGGCCAACUUUCAAUUUUGUGAAUGCGAUAACUUGACGAGGAUGUCACCUAGGAUGGUCAAAUUGCAUUCUCAGUGGUUUAUAUUUAUUAUGCUUUCACCGUUUUUAUUCCUGGUUCUUCCUUAGCCAUUUGCUUUUGAUUUUAUAUGGUGAAUAAAGUCACUAAGACUUAUAUACACCCCCAUUAAGAUCUAUCGCACCUGGUAAUUCUUUGUUCCAGAACGUGUACUUCCAGGGGAUUUGUUCCACCUAAAGAUUCUACUGCCAGGAGGCUGAGGGGUACACCACCAGUGUUUUUAAAGGUGUAAUUUAAAGAAACUUUUUGUAAUGAUUCCGAUGUGUAACGUGCUGAGCUAAGAGCUACGAUGUUGGCCAUUGUAGAAGUUCCCGAUCAGAUUUUCCCUGCUACAUUAUUCACCGUGAAUACAUCUUGUUUCUUGAAUGAUACAACACAAAACUGAAUAGGAAGGCAACACCAUAAAUCAUAAGGCAGUAUUACCAUCAGCAGACAAAAUGGCUGGAAAGCAAUGGGUGAAAACAUGAAACUUUAAAUUAUUUCAAUUGUAAAAGAAACUUCUACAAUGGCAUCAUUCCCAUUGUCCCUGUGUGUGAUUGGUGUAUUUCUCUCCCCCCAUCCCAUCUUGUAGAAUAUUCAGAAUAAUGUGUUUUUCUAGAAAAAUAGCAGGAGUUAAAAGACAGUGAACCUGAAUUGGUCUGCCAUUACUGUAAAAAUCAACAUAUCAGCCCAUCAUCUUUUUUGUUUGUAACUAACAAACCUCAGCUGACGACAUGACUCAUUGUAAUUGUAAAAAUGAGGAGGCAGGGGUAUGAAGGUAAAGGUGUCAUUUCUCCGCGCAGUGGCAAGUGAUUAAAGUAAAAGUUAAAAGUUUGAAAUGUUACUUAGACUCACUGACUGUGCACUUUACCUCACAAGUUAUUCUGCUCAGGCGGAGAAAGAUUUGUUUAAGAUUCGUAAAUACAACAUUGCCACUAACAGAGUGAACUAUUUGCAAAGCAUUUCUUUUGGUAAAUAGUUCCCAGCUGCCACAUAUCCAGUUCUUUCCGACUUUGUUAGCGCUUACUAUUGAUUUGUGGAAGAACAAUUGUGGCUGAAUCAACAAACAAUGUUCAUAACUGUUGACAAACCCUGUCCAACCAUGGUGUGUAAGCUGCCAUAUCCCUGCCUACCUUUCUUGUUGUCACUGAGUAUGUUUUAUUGUCUUAAGAAACAUUUAUAUUUGUAACAUUUUAAGUUUAUUUGUAUCCUUAGGAACAUGAAAAAACAAAAUGGUUAUGCACACUGUCCUUCCAUAAACUAUGUAAUGGAAUAUGAUACUAAAUAAUAACCACUUUGUUAUAUAAACUGAUUUCUGAGAGGUA